CCACACGAGCGGACGUAAAGAUGGGCUGGGUCGUCGCCUUUCUGAUCGGCAUCGCCUUCUCGCUGGCAUCUUGCGAGGAGGUCGUCGAGGUGUCCCUUAUUCAGGAGUGCGAAGUCGACAUUUCGAUCGCCUACCCCCCUAAUACACCUGACCAGGAACCCACAGUCACUUGUUCUACUGCCUGUUCUGCUUCUGAGAUCCAGACGUGGUUCGUGGGGUCGCUGUACCGCAGGGUGAACAAACUAAAAUCUGAAUAUGGACUGAUGGUGAAAGUGGACUACGAUAUCAACAACAUGCUGUCCUGUUCUCUCGUUCCCUUCCAGAAAAAUAAAGCACUCGUGGCAGAGUACGAAGAACGCAACAAAGAGUGCACUACUGUUGCUCCAACCACUACAGCUGAACCAACUACAGCAGUUCCAACCACUACAGCUGAACCAACUACAGCAGCAGCUGAACCAACUACAGCAGUUCCAACCACUACAGCUGAACCAACUACAGCAGUUCCAACCACUACAGCUGAACCAACUACAGCAGUUCCAACCACUACAGCUGAACCAACUACAGCAGUUGAACCAACUACAGCAGUUCCAACCACUACAGCUGAACCAACUACAGCAGUUUCAACCACUACAGCUGAACCAACUACAGCAGUUCCAACCACUACAGCUGAACCAACUACAGCAGUUCCAACCACUACAGCUGAACCAACUACAGCAGUUCCAACCACUACAGCUGAACCAGCUACAGCAGAUCCAACCACUACAGCGGUUCCGACCACUACAGCUGAACCAACUACAGCAGUUCCAACCACUACAGCUGAACCAACUACAAUCACAACUGCUGCCAAAACUACCACAGACAUGUUAUCUACAUAUGACUGUUUAUGUUCAGAUGAGCAGUCUACGGCUGCACCAGAUACAACAACGAGCAGUCCACAGUUGCAACUACCACAGCUGCACCAGCUACCACAGCUGCACCAACCACAACAGCUGCACCACAGUUUUGAGCUUUCAGCUCACAGCUGCUUGCACAGCUUACCACAGCUUACUACCACAGCUGCACCAACUACCACAGCUGCAGCAACUACCACAGCUGCAACUACCACAGCUGCACAACUACCACAGCUGCACCAACUACCACAGCUGCUACCACAGCUACCACACUGCAGCUGCACCAACUACCACAGCUCUACACAGCUGUACCACAGCUGCACCAACUACCACAGCUCUGCAGCUGCACCAACUACCACAGCUGCACCAACUACACAGCUGCACCAACUACCACACUACCACAGCUGCACCAACUACCACAGCUGCUGCACCAACUACCACAGCUGCACCAACUACCACAGCUGCAACUACCACAGCUGCACCAACUACAGCUGCACCAACUACCACAGCUGCACAACUACCACAGCAACCAACUACCACAGCUGCACCAACUACCACAGCUGCACCAACUACCACAGCUGCACAACUACCACAGCUGCACCAACUACCACAGCUGCACCAACUACCACAGCUGCACCAACUACAGCUGAGCUGCACCAACUACCACAGCUGCACCAACAACCACGGCUGCACCAACCACAAAAGCUGCACCAACAAGCGCAGCUGCACCAAAAACUACAGCUGCACCAACAACCACAGCUGCAACCACAGCUGCACCAACAACCACAGCUGGCUGACCAGCUGCACCAACUACCACAGCUGCACCAACUACCACAGCUGCACCAACUACCACAGCUGCAACCAACUACCACAGCUGCACCAACUACCACAGCUGCACCAACUACCACAGCUGCACCAACUACCACAGCUGCACAACUACCACAGUACCACAGCUGCACCAACUACCACAGCUUACCACAGCUGCAGCUCACACAGCUGCACCAACUACCACAGCUGCAGCUGCACCAACCACAACCGCUGCGCCAACCACAACCGCUGCACCAACCACGACAGCUGUACCAACAACCACAGCUGCACCAACUCCAACCAAAAGCUGCACAAACAACCACAGCUGCACCAAUUACCACAGCUGUACCACAGCUGCAACCACAGCUGAACAGCUGCACCAACACGACAGCUGCACCAACUACCACAGCUGCACCAACCACAACCGCUGCACCAACCAAAAAGGCUACACCAACUACCACAGCUGCACCAACGACAACCGCUGCACCAAAAACUUCGACGGCUGCUACAACCACAACACCUACCACAACCACAACGCCUACACCUACCACAACCACAACACCUACCACAACCACAACACCUACCACAACCACAAAACCUACCACAACCACAACACCUACCACAACCACAACACCUAAACCACAACACACUACCACAACCACAACAACCUACAAACCUACAAACAACACCACGCCCACCACGACGACCCGGCCGCCCACGACCACGGCGUGGGUAUGUCCCAGCGGCUGGGCGCUCUACGGCUAUUCCUGCUACCACGUGAGCAGCUCCAGCGGCUCCUGGACGGCGGGAAGGAGCUACUGCAGCGCUCGCGGCGGCUCCUACGUCAAGAUUACCAGCUACAACGAGUGGCUGUUCCUUAGAGGAACCCUGUCGGCCGACACGUGGAUCGGGCCUGAACGACCGCGCCAGCGAGGGCAGGUACCGGUGGGACGCCGACAACAGCGGGGCUUCGUAUACCAAGUGGGCCGGUGGGCAGCCCGACAACGACCGGCCGUGGUACCAGCUGUGGUGGGGCGACGGCGAGGACUGUGUCAUGAUGCGCAAGUCUUCGAGCUACUACUGGAACGACGCAGACUGCGACAACAACUACCGAUUCGCCUGCGAGAGGUCCGCCUCCGUCACCAGGUUAGGUUAGGCGUCCCGCCACAGACCCACGCUCAUGGAAGUCUGGCGGAAUCAGCAGCUGCUCCACGGCACUUGCGUGUGUCCAAAGAAGGAUUGAUAUAUGGAAAUUGCUGCUAGAAUUACUAUAUAAAAUCCUCAACUGGUAUUCCAGUUUACAUUAAAAUAAUG